AUGGCACCACUCUAUUUAGCCCAAGCUGUGGAUUUAAAACAACCGUCAUUUUUUUCUGUGAAGUCUGGAGAACGUGUGACUCUGAACUGCACAUUUAAAGAUAUAUACAACGAGCUUAUUGUCUGGUACAAACAAAAAAUUGUGGAGUUGCCUGAGGAAGUCGGAAAAGUUAUAGCAAAUAAAGACAGCCAAAUUUCACCAGAGUUUGACUCCUUAAGAUUUGAAGUAAAGAAAUUGGUAAAAAUAAAUGGUGCAUCUUUGACAAUUGUGGAAGCAAAGAAAGAAGAUGAAGGACUGUAUUUCUGUGGAGUGUAUACCUGGGGCAAAUUUGAGCUUUUCAGUGGAACACUAGUAGCUGUUAUGGAUGAUGAAGAUGUAAAAGUCUCCGUGUUCCAGAGCGGCGGGUUGGACUCGGUUCCUGCAGGAGCGUCAGUGACUCUGCAGUGCUCGGUUCUCUCUGAGAGCAGAGCAGCAGAACUCCAAGUGCUCUGGUUCAGAGCUGCUCCACCACAAUCCCAUCCUCAAAUCAUUUACACUCAUCACAACAGCAGCCAUCAGUGUGAGAGCGGCUCUUCUACACACACCUGUGUGUACAACUUCUCCAAGAACAUCCUCAGCCUUAAUGAUACUGGGACUUACUACUGCGCUGUGGCCGCGUGUGGGAAGAUCAUUUUUGGGAACGGGACACGAGUACAACUGGAGAACAUUCAACAUGUCAACGCAUUUGAUUCUGUAGUGAUCUACCUUGCUGUGGCAUUGGCUGUGUGUGUGGUGGUGAUUUUUGCUCAAGCAUUUUUAUAUUGCAAUAAACUAAACUUGGAACAGAAAAGGGUUCUUCAUGACCUGAAUGGUGUGGAGAUGAAUUACGCUGCCCUAACUUUCCCUGAAUCUAAAACUAAAAGUCGAAGAGCCAAGCAAAGACAACCUCAAGAUACUGUUUAUUCUGAAGUGAUGAACUCUAGUUAAUUAGAAAAUCCUUUUUUUCCACCUGCUUAAUGUUUAAACCAAAUCAAUAUAAAUGCAUUGUUUAAUGGUAGUACUGUAUUAAAAAAAUCCUCAUUUUAGGGGUGAGAUAUAAACUUGAACUUUAUAUGUUAAAAAAAAGUUUAAAAGAAAUGUAAAGUAACAAAUAUGAGCUAGAAAACUCAUUAUUGUGAAUAUCAUAACAAUGCCUGAAAGUAAAUUUCUGUCCAGUUGAACAAGUGGUAUGGUCUGGUUAUUUAUGAGCUUGUAUC